AUGGGUACUUCCGAACAUGUGCCGUUGCCGACGGAUGAGGCGAAAGCUAAGGAACUCGAAUCUCAACACUCUGAAGAGCCGGAUAGAGGUCAAUGGACUGGAAAAUUCGAUUUUCUGAUGAGUAUGGUUGCCUAUGCUGUGGGACUUGGUAAUGUGUGGCGAUUCCCAUAUUUAUGUUACAAAAACGGUGGUGGGUCCUUCCUUGUGGUCUACGCAAUCUUCUUCUGUUUGGCGGCUGUCCCAAUUUUCAUUAUGGAAGUAACCAUCGGUCAAUACCUCCAAAAAGGUGCAAUGGAGAUGUGGCUUAUGUGCCCUCUUUUCCGUGGUGUCGGUAUUGGAAAUGUGGUCAUCGCAUUCAUGUGUAUUGCUUACUUUUGUGUCAUCGUUGCCUGGGCAAUGUUCUACAUGAUCAGUUCGAUUGCUUGGGUUUUCCCAUGGGAGACAUGCUCUAACUAUUGGAAUGAUGCCACGUGUGUCACUGGAAAAGAAAAUGUGACCGAGCUAGCUAGAAUUAAGGCCCUGGUUGCCAGCGCUGGCGGUCACACCCAAACCUCCGUCGAGCAGUUCUGGGAGAAACGUGUUCUUCAUGAUACGGGAGAUAUCGCAGAGUUUGGAGGAAUCCAAUGGGAGCUGUUCUUCAUCAUGGCCGCUGCUUGGUUGAUUGUUUACUUUGCGCUUUGGAAGGGUAUCACUCAGGCUAGAAAGUUCGUCUACUUCUGCGCUCUGUUCCCAUAUGUCUUGAUCUUCAUCCUCUUGGUCCGUGGUCUUACAUUAGAAGGUGCCGCCGAUGGAAUUUACUUCUACCUUAAGCCGAACACAACAAGACUUCUGGACACUGCUGUAUGGAAAGACGCAGGAACUCAAGUCUUCUAUUCCUAUGGUGUCGGUUUUGGUGCCUUGAUCGCCUUGGGAUCACACAACAAAUUUGACCACAAUUGUUUCAAAGACGCCAUCACCAUGUGCUUCAUCAAUGGUUGCACUUCCAUCACCGCUGGAUUCGCCGUCUUCUCGAUUCUUGGAUACAUGUCUCACGUGGCACAAAAAGAUAUUUCUGAGAUUGUAAAACCAGGAGUCGGACUUGCCUUCCUCGCUUAUCCAGAAGUUGCUUCUAACUUGCCAAUGAAACAAGUCUUCGCCGUUCUGUUCUUCUUGAUGAUCACUAUUUUGGGUUUGGAUUCUCAAGUUUGUAUGGUGGAGGGAUUGUUCACUGCACUGGAAGACGCCUUUCCGAUUUUGAGGAAACAUAAAAAGUUAUCCCUUGGUAUAUUCUGUCUCUUCUUCUUCAUUCUUGGAAUUCCGAUGGUUACCUAUUCCGGCUCUCACUGGCUCACCCUUGUUGACGCCUAUGGUGCAUCAGGAUACGCUCUCCUUUUCGUCGUCUUCUUUGAAGUUGUUGGACUGGCUUACGGUUUCGGCGCACACAACAUUCGUCAUGCUCUCAAGGAAAUGGUUGGAAUUACCUUGCCUAUUUGGAUUGAAUACGUCUGGAAGUUCUGCGCCCCAGCUACUAGUCUAGUGCUCUUCGUCUUCUGCAUUGUGUACUACCACCCAGUAAAGUAUCCAACUGGUGCGGAUUUCCCAGUCUGGGCUAAUGCAUUCGGAUGGUUCCUCUCGUCAUGCUCUAUGAUUGUUAUCCCAGGAUACGCUGUGUACUAUUUGCUGUUCACCAAUAAGCAUCUCACUUUUAAGGAGCGACUCCGUAAAGGACUCAACUUGGAUGGAUCCUUCGAAUCACCUGCUAAGAAGAACUUGGUCAACAAUGCUGAAGAGCUCAAGUUCAUUGAAUCCACACCACAAUAA